AUGACGGACAUCAUGGACGAUAUAGCAGAGGAGAUAUCGUUUCAGAGUUACGAGGAUGAUCUCCGCCUUCUCUUUAGCCUUCUCAAUGAUGUUCUUCAGCGAGAAGUCGGCUACACUAUUAUGGAAAAAGUCGAACAUACUCGUACUCUCUCUCAGAGUGCAUGUCUUAUAAGAGCAGCUGGGAUUGAGAACACUGCAGAGUUUCUUGAGAAACAAUUGGCUUCUGAAUUAUCGAAAAUGACAUUAGAGGAAGCCUUGAAGCUUGCCAGAGCCUUCAGUCAUUUUCUUAGUUUAAUGGGUAUUGCUGAAAACCAUCACAGGUCGCGUAAGGGAAAGAAUGUUGCACUAGUCUCAAAAUCUUGUGAUGAUACUUUCAAUCAACUGAUUCAAGGUGGGCUUUCUCCUGAUGUGCUGUAUGACACCAUGUGCAACCAGGAGGUUGAGAUAGUCCUCACUGCACAUCCCACCCAAAUUAACAGACGUACUCUACAAUAUAAACACCUUAGAAUUGCUCAUCUGUUGGAGGUUAAUGACCGCAAAGAUCUUACACAGGAAGAUCAAGACACACUGAUUGAAGAUCUGGCGAGAGAGAUAACUUCUAUAUGGCAGACAGAUGAACUUAGACGCCACAAGCCAACACCAGUAGAUGAGGCUAGAUCUGGCUUAAACUAUAUCGAGCAGUCCCUUUGGAAAGCAAUACCUCAUUACCUACGACGAGUCAGCAAUGCUCUCAAAAAGCAUACUGGGAGGCCACUUCCUUUGACAUGCACUCCAAUAAAAUUUGGGUCUUGGAUGGGGGGUGAUAGAGAUGGAAAUCCGAAUGUCACAGCAAAGGUGACAAAAGAUGUCUCUCUUCUAUCAAGAUGGAUGGCUAUUGAUCUUUACACACGGGAGGUUGACAACCUUAGAUUCGAACUUUCUAUGAACCAUUGUAGUGACAGACUCGCAAGUUUGUUACAUGAUAUUCUUCGAAAAGUUGGCAAAUUUCGUUCAGAGAACUCCGAAGAGGAUCGACAUCAGAGUUGGAACCUUACUCAGACCCGUAGUCAGCCAAAGUGUCACAAUGUUCAGUGCUUACCUACACAACUGCCUUCUGGUGCUGAUGUGCCCUCACAUACAGUUUUACCUUUUAAUUGCUUCCUAGAAUGCAAUAAGGUGGAAUCACAUUGUCCUCAAUUAGAUGUUCCUGGGUCCGAGUACAAGCGCCUGAAAAACAAGGAUGAACAAGCUACUUCAUCCCCAACUUCAAGCCAAAAUUCUCAGAAAUUGCAAGGAAGUGGGAAUCCAUCUCAACCUACGACACCAAAAGGAUCUCAACUCCUUGCUCAGAGGAAAAUGUUUGCUGAAUCACAAGUAGGAAGAGCCAGCUUCCAGAGGCUUCUUGAACCAAGUAUGCCUCAGAAAUCUACGAUUUCUCCCUACAGAAUCAUUCUUGGGGACGUAAAAGAAAAGCUUAUGAAGACCCGAAGGCGGUUAGAGCAGCUUCUUGAAGAUCUUCCAUGUGACAUGGAUCCUAAUGAUUAUUAUGACACACCAAACCAGCUGUUGCAACCACUCCUUCUAUGCUAUGAAUCUCUGCAAUCCUGCGGGUCGGGAAUUCUAGCUGAUGGCCGGCUUGCUGACUUAAUAAGAAGAGUUUCUGUCUUUGGGAUGGUUUUAAUGAAGCUUGACCUACGUCAGGAAUCAGGUAGACAUUCGGAGACUCUUGAUGCAGUCACCAAUUAUCUUGGUAUGGGCAAGUACAGUGAAUGGGAUGAAGGAAAAAAACUCGAGUUUCUAGCAAGAGAGCUAAAGGGGAAGAGGCCUCUUGUUCCACCAACUAUAGAGGUUUCUUCUGAAAUAAAAGAAGUCCUGGACACCUUCCAUAUUGCUGCAGAGCUGGGAAGUGAUUCACUUGGAGCAUAUGUGAUUUCCAUGGCCUCAAAUGCAAGUGAUGUCCUUGCGGUGGAGCUUCUGCAGAAAGAUGCUCGUCUUGCUGUUGCUGGGGAGCAAGGCAGACCAUGUGUUGGUGGGAUGUUGCGCGUGGUCCCUCUGUUUGAAACUGUGACGGAUUUGAGGGGUGCUGGCGCAGUGAUAAGGAGAUUAUUAUCGAUUGAUUGGUAUCGUGACCACAUCAUAAAGAAUCACAGUGGACACCAAGAGGUAAUGGUUGGAUACUCUGAUUCUGGUAAAGAUGCAGGGAGGUUUGCUGCUGCUUGGGAACUUUACAAAGCUCAAGAAGACGUUGUAGCUGCAUGCAAAGAGUUUGGUAUUAAAGUCACUCUGUUCCAUGGCCGUGGAGGUAGUAUCGGCCGUGGUGGUGGUCCUACACACCUUGCUAUUCAAUCCCAGCCACCUGGUUCCGUAAUGGGUACACUUCGGUCAACUGAACAGGGAGAAAUGGUGCAGGCCAAGUUUGGGCUGCCAGGAAUAGCUGUACGACAGUUAGAGGUGUACACAACAGCUGUGCUUCUUGCCACCCUUCGUCCCCCGAAACCUCCAAGGGAUGAAAAUUGGCGUAACCUUAUGGAAGAUAUCUCAAAAAUCAGUUGUAAAAGCUACCGAAGCACAGUUUACGAAAACCCAGAAUUUCUUACUUACUUCCAAGAGGCGACCCCACAAGCUGAGCUUGGAAACCUAAACAUCGGUAGCCGUCCAACGAGGAGGAAAACUUCUGUCGGAAUUGGACACCUGCGUGCCAUCCCAUGGAUAUUUGCAUGGACACAAACACGAUUCGUUCUUCCUGCUUGGCUAGGAGUGGGAGCCGGGUUAAAGGGCGUCUGUGAGAUGGGACAUACAGAGGAGUUAAAAGCUGCUUAUAAAGAAUGGCCUUUCUUUCAAUCGACAUUGGAUCUCAUAGAGAUGGUUCUGGGAAAAGCAGAUGUUCCGAUUGUGAAACACUAUGAUGAAGUGCUUGUAUCUGCGAGUAGGAGGGGGCUGGGUGAUCAACUAAGGAACGAGCUUAUGACAACAGAGAAAUACGUGCUGGUUGUAACCGGGCACGAGAAGCUAUCUGCGAACAACAAGAGUCUGAGAAUGCUGAUCGAGAGUAGGCUUCCUUACCUGAAUCCACUUAACAUGAUGCAGGUGGAGAUCUUGAAAAGGUUGAGAAGUGAUACCGAGAACCAUAAACUUCGAGAUGCACUGCUUAUCACCAUAAACGGCAUUGCAGCUGGGAUGAGGAAUACUGGUUAG